AUGAGCAUAACAAUUCAGUUGGAAGAUUUUCAAAGCUGGUCAGAAGUUUUUGCUGAAAUAGAAAGGCAAUGCAACAUGAGGUUAUUUGAGAUCAUAAAGCCUAACACAUCUGCCAUUCACGACAGAGAGAAGAAAAAGAGAGCGUUCAUUGAGGUGCAUGAGGGACGUCGCUUCAGUGAAAGAGAAAAUAGAUGCCACAUCCCAACAGAAGAACGGUCGCGUGUACGGCUUAGAAGCGCACCAUGCACUGCUAUCAAUGAAAUGAACACUGAAAAUCCCGAAAAUCUACAGCGAGAUCCUCGAUUCACAGAUGCAGCCAAGAAGCUAAGCAAGAAAGAAAUGGCGUUAUUGUACGAGGACAUAGUUAAGCCUCUUGAUGUCUUUUCCAUUUUGAUAGAAAAACGGAAAGAGAUGAGUGAGAGAAAAUGA